CUCGAAAAAAGUGAAAAAUAUUCCUCUUUAAAAGCAAUUGUUAAGUGGCGUGUUUUAUUUGUGAGUGUGUUGAACCAUGGCGCAAGACGACCAAGAUUGUUUAACAAUAGUGAAAACUAUGCGGCAAAAGGUCAAUUGGGAGAUCGAAAAAGAGCGAGAGGACUUUGCCCGUGAGCUUUAUGCUUUAAUAAAAAAUUGGAGUGGCCGACUUCCUAACCUACGAGAUAUUUUUCGAAAGGAAGAAAUCGAUUGGCUUCUUACGAAGUCCGUGAUCGGCAGUUUUACUAAUCUAGGAAAAGUGUUCAUCGGGUUCGUGAUUCGUACCGGCUACAAAGACGAGCCCGACGUCGAUGACAGCGGCAAUCCUUUGUCGCGUCGCACCACGACCGUGCAUCGGGCUGUCAGACUUGGGAACUACGGCUAUGUCGAUGAACUUUUUAAAAUAUACGACAGAUUUGACGUGAAUUAUACUGACGAGUACGACCUUACGCAUUUCCACAUUGCCUGCAAGUUUGGCUGUGUCGACGUCGUAAAAAAAUACCUUGAGCUCGGCCAGGAUCCCAAUUGCCUGGAGCAGAAAUCAAUUCCUCCACUCUACUUUGCUCUAUGUAACAACCACAAGGAGGUGACCGAAUUGUUGCUCAGAAGCGGCGCAGAUCCUAGUUUAACCAAUGCCGAGGGAUUGACUCUUUUACAUAUUAUUUGCAAGAGUAGCAACAAUUAUUCCUAUGAAGUGGCGAAGAAAUUCUUGAAGAUUAACGCCGAACUCAAUCAGCUGGUGCAGGUCGACGCUCAGGACAAGUUGGGUAACACACCCUUACUCUUGGCUCUGUGCAACAACCACAAGGAGGUGGCUGAAUUGUUGCUCAGAAAAGGUGCAAGUCCUAAUUUAGCCAAUGCCGAGGGGUUGACUCCUCUACACGUUAUUUGCAUGGGGUUCCAGAAUGAUGAUAAGUUGGAGAUGUUAUUCGAGAUCUGCGAAGAGAGAAAUCAGUUGGUGCAGAUAGAUGCCCAGGACAACUUGGGUAACACACCCUUGCACUUGGCUCUGUGCUACGGUAAACAUUGGGCGGCCGAAUUGCUGCUAAGAAAAGGCGCCAACCCGAACUUGGCCGAUGUGGAGGGAUACACUCCUCUGCAUGUUAUUUGCAAGAGAGACGACUUGGACUAUUACAAAAACGUUGAUUUGGCGGAGCUUAUUUUUUUCAAGAUCAAUAAGAAGAAACAUCGUCUGGUGCGAGUCAAUGCUCAGGACAAAUUGGGUCAUACACCCUUAUACUUGGCUCUGGACAACGGCUACGAGAAGCUGGCCAAAUUUCUGCUGAGGAAGGGUGCAAAUCCAAAUAUAGCCAACGAGGACGGAUCGACUCCUCUGCACAUUAUAUGCAAGAAAGACAACAACGAUGACCUGAUGGAUGCAUUCUUCGAAAUCAGUGACGAAAAGCAUCAGCUGGUGCGGAUCGAUGCUCGGGACAAUUUGGGCCGGACACCGCUCCAGUGGGCCGUGGCGAGAUUUUUGCCCAACACCGUCGAAGUACUCUUGAAUCGCGGCGCCGAUUUGUCCAAAUUCGCUUUCCCCACCGAGAGUCCCUACGACGUGAGGUAUAAAACACAGCCUUUUAAACAUAAUUUUCAGUUGCGACUAGCAGCUGGCGCCAUGAUCGUCGUCGAGCUUCUCGAGGCUAAAGGAUACAAGCUAAACCAAAGCGACGUCCUGAGGGUCAUGCAAUUUUUCGUCAAGUACGAAUUGUUCGACAAGUCGGAGGAGCUCGAAAAAUGUUGGCUUGACAACGAGGAGUUCAUGAGCAAGGCGCAGAAGAUGAUGAUAAAACGGCACUUCUCGCUCUACAAGCUGCUCGGCUUACGACCCAAAGAGGCGGCGAGACAAGUUAGUUAUUGGGGCUACUUGAAGUUGGCGUACUCGGAGGUCGCCUGGAGACUUCCCGAAAAGUCUAUUCAGGCUUGUAACGUGCAUUUGUGCGAGAAACUAUCGAGGGGUUUCUUCCGACAAUGGUCACUGCAUUAUUUCAGGGAGAUGACGCGCUAUCGACUGCCGAUCGAGUGCUGUGAAAUAAUCAUCGAUGAAUCUUUUACGAACCAAGAUUUAUACAAUAUUUGCUUGGCGGCUGCAAUGUAAAGCUCGUAAAGACAAUAAUCAUAUUUUCAUACUAUUUUUCAUGUCUGGUAUUAUUUCUGUGGUGGAAAGGGCUAACGAGAUAACUCCAUUUUUUUUGAAAUCGAGUUUAUGACAUGAAUUACCUAUAUGUUAUGUCUACUUUAAGGUACAAGUGUCACAAAAGCUGAAAAGAGCACCUAUCGUUCAAUAUAACACCGUGCCUAACGAAAUAAGUCCAUUUCGCAGCAAACGAUUCCCGGCCAAACGAGAUAAGUCCACCUUUGCGAGCUCCAAAAUGCGAUAAAGAGUCUAGAUUGAUUUGAAAAUGGAAGAAAAUGAUAUUCCAACAUACAAAUGGCUCUCACACUCUUCGAAUGUUGUGAAUUUCACUAUACGAUUGGUACAUUUGAUACGCGAGGGGCCAUUUUCGCGAUUUUCAGUGUGGUCUUUUUUCGUUGCAAGAUUUGAGAUCUGACACCAGUAUAACGUUAAAUGAGCUAUUUUAUCAAUGAAAAAUCAUUACAUGAGGUUUUGAUCACAAACUAAGCGAAAUUAUCGAUAUUGAAAAAAGUGUGACCGCUAAAAGUGGACUUAUCU